CCCUCUUCUCUCUCUCUCUCUCUCUCUCUCUCUCUCUCUGCCGGUGCUGGUUCAGCUUCAGAGCCCGGUGGCAAUGGCUUCUCUGAAAGGCGAACCUUCCGGAGAAGACGAAUUCGAGCAGAACCUCAAGAGGACGAGACGCGGCGACGCCUCGGAGUCGAAGCCCGACCACCGUGUGGCUCUCAACCCCGCCGAUUGCAACUUAGAUUUUAAUGUGGAAGGCAAUGGGCUUCGAGGAUCCGCACUUCAUGAGAAAGGGUUUGCUUAUUGCUGGUCUGGUGCGCGUGCUAAUGCUGGAAUAAUUGGGGGGAAAUACUGUUUUGGCUGCAACGUUGUCUCAACUCAGCCAGUUGAAAUGGAUGACACUCCCCAUGACAAGCAGCAUCUUUGUCGUGUUGGUGUCUCGACUGGGGACAAACCAGUGGGAAGCCUUGGAGAAAGCUCCUGCAGCUUUGGAUAUGGAGGGACUGGAAAGUUUUCAACUGAAAACGACUUUUUGGAUUAUGGUGAAAAGUUUGGAGUUGGUGACACGAUUAUCUGUGCUGUUGAUCUUGAGAGUAAGCCCCUGGCGUCCAUAGGUUUCUCAAAGAAUGGUAAGUGGCUGGGAGUUGCAAAGCAGUUUGAUGCCAGUGGGAUGGGUCUUGGAGUGGAUACUGCAGUAAGUAAUGUACCGUGGAAAUCAGCGCUCUUUCCGCACAUACUAUUGAAGAAUGUUGAAGUAGAGAUGCACUUUAGUCUUGAAGAUGGAUUGGUUCCCGAAGAUGGUUUUAAGCCUUGGGCUUGUGCAUUUGAGGAUCAGAAGGCCAUUCUAGGUCCUGCUUUCUCUGAUAUUAGCUGCUGUGAAAUAAUGAUGAUGGUGGGAUUGCCAGCUUCUGGAAAAACGACUUGGGCUGAGAAAUGGAUCAAAGAACACCCUGAGAAGCGAUAUGUGUUGCUUGGAACCAACCUUGUUUUGGAUCAAAUGAAGGUUCCUGGGCUCAGGCGUAAGGAAAACUACGGUGAAAGGUUCGAUCGUCUGAUGGACCGAGCAACCGACGUAUUUAAUAUCCUAUUGACAAGGGCUGCAAGGACAGCUAGGAAUUACAUACUUGAUCAGACAAAUGUCUACAAAAGUGCACGUAAACGCAAACUGAAGCCCUUUGCAUCUUUUCGAAAGAUUGCUGUAGUGGUAUUUCCAAAACCAGAAGAGCUGAAGUCAAGCUCUCAAAAGAGAUUCAGAGAAAUGGGAAAGGAGGUACCUGCUGAUGCAGUGAAUCAAAUGUUGGCCAAUUAUGCUUUGCCCACCAGUGUCAAUAUGCGUGGAUCAGAUGAGUACUUUGAUCAGGUCAUGUUUGCAGAACUGGACCGAUUGGAGUCACAAAGGCAUUUGGAUGAGAUGAAGCAAUCUCUUGCCUCUCAUUCCAAUUUGAAUGUGAAGAGUAAUUUUUCACCUUAUUCUCUUGGAACUGCUGUGGGAUCAUAUCCUUUGCCACGAAAGGAGCACGUCUCAUCAGUGACCGGAGGACACUUGAUGGACUCUCAUGUAGCUACCCCUCAUCCCAGCUACCAAGUCCUCAAUCGACUGUGGCCUCAGUUUGAUUCGUAUCAAGACCAUCAGGAGGAUAAUGUGGCUGGAGCAGCUGCCGCUCCUGGAAGUUUUCAAAGAAGUUUCUACCUUGCCAGUGAUUAUGGUUAUCCUAGUAUGUCAAGUGCCAUUGCCAAUGUUGGUUCAGACUGUUACCCUAUCUGUGGAAUGGAUAACUCCUACAACAGAUCAGACAUGGUGUCCAACAGCGUGCGCGGUGUUUCCACUGAUGGAUCGUAUCAGGGAAAUGGGGUCAACCCUUUCUUACAUGGAAGUGAAAGGGCCUCUUCAGGACCAUAUUUUACUUCUGGUGCUCCUUCUAAUGUGCCUGGAGCAGCUGCCGCUCCUGGAAGUUUUCAAAGAAGUUUCUACCCUGCCAGUGAUUCUGGUUAUCCUAGUAUGUUAAGUGCCAUUACCAAUGUUGGUUCUGAUUGUUACCCGAUCCGUGGAAUGGAUAAGUCCUACAGCAGAUCAGACAUGACGUACAACAGCAUGCAAGGUGUUUCCACUGAUGCAUCGAAUCAGGGCAAUGGGGUCGAGCCUUUCUUACAUGGUGGUGAAAGGGUCUCUUCAGGACCAUGUUUUACUUCUCGUGCUCCUUUCAACGUCAGUGGGAAUCCCAGAGUUUUAACAGACUCUCUAAUAGGAUCCGCAUUGAUGGAGGAUUCGCCAUGGCCACAUGGUACACACUAUGCUGUUCCAAAUCCAGGAACUGUGUACAGGAAUUCGUCUGCUGACAUGCCGCCUCCGACAGGGCAUGCCUCACCCUUCCAGAGGCAUUACUGACUGCUUACCGCUUGUAUCAUCGUUACUGACGCGAGGAUCUAUGUUGUUGUGGAAGGUUUUAGAUCUUGUAAAUACAGUAUAUACGCACUGGGUACUGAAGGCCUUGUGUGGAGCAUUAUACGUUGAGGAGGUCCAUGUAGUUUGUGUCAUACUCUCCUCCAUGACCUUGUAAUUACUUCACUCUUCUUUUGGUGACUUACGUGUUUGACUUCAGGUUGCAUUAGGGGAGGCUGCUCUCUCCAUUCGACAAGUUAGUAACGAAAAUUUCUGUCCCAGUUGGAUGA